AUGGUUCUUACUCUUAAACGGAUUGCUAACCAAAGCACGAUAGUUCUUACUCUUAAACGGAUUGCUAACCAAAAGACGAUAGUUCUAUCUCUUAAAAGGAUUGCUAACCAAAACACGAUAUUUCUUUCACUUAAACUUCUUUCUCUUAAACGGAUUGCUAACCAAAGCACGAUAGUUCUUUCUCUUAAACGGAUUGCUAAUCAAAACACGAUAGUUCUUUCUCUUAAAUGGAUUGCUAACCAAAACACGAUAUUUCUUUCACUUAAACGUAUUGCUAACCAAAACACGAUAGUUCUUUCUCUUAAACGGAUUGCUAACCAAAACACGAUAUUUCUUUCUCUUAAACGGAUUGCUAACCAAAGCACGAUAGUUCUUUCUCUUAAACGGAUUGCUGACCAAAACACGAUAUUUCUUUCACUUAAACUUCUUUCUCUUAAACGGAUUGCUAACCAAAACACGAUGGUUCUUUCUCUUAAACGGAUUGCUAACCAAAGCACGAUAUUUCUUUCUCUUAAACGGAUUGCUAACCAAAACACGAUAUUUCUUUCACUUAAACGGAUUGCUAACCAAAGCACGAUAGUUCUUACUCUUAAACGGAUUGCUAACCAAAAGACGAUAGUUCUAUCUCUUAAAAGGAUUGCUAGCCAAAACACGAUAUUUCUUUCACUUAAACUUCUUUCUCUUAAACGGAUUGCUAACCAAAUCACGAUAGUUCUUUCUCUUAAACGGAUUGCUAACCAAAACACGAUAGUUCUUUCUCUUAAACGGAUUGCUAACCAAAGCACGAUAGUUCUUUCUCUUAAACGGAUUGCUAACCAAAACACGAUAGUUCUUUCUCUUAAACGGAUUGCUAACCAAAACACGAUACAAAAACGGAUUAAACUAACUAAAAACACGAUAUUUCUUUCACUUAAACGGAUUGCUAACCAAAACACGAUAGUUCUUUCUCUUAAACGGAUUGCUAACCAAAACACGAUAUUUCUUUCUCUUAAACGGAUUGCUAACCAAAACACGAUAGUUCUUUCUCUUAAACGGAUUGCUAACCAAAACACGAUAUUUCUUUCACUUAAACGUAUUGCUAACCAAAACACGAUAGUUCUUUCUCUUAAACGGAUUGCUAACCAAAACACGAUAUUUCUUUCACUUAAACGUAUUGCUAACCAAAACACGAUAGUUCUUUCUCUUAAACGGAUUGCUAACCAAAACACGAUAGUUCUUUCUCUUAAACGGAUUGCUAACCAAAACACGAUAGUUCUUUCUCUUAAACGGAUUGCUAACCAAAACACGAUAUUUCUUUCUCUUAAACGGAUUGCUAACCAAAACACGAUAGUUCUUUCUCUUAAACGGAUUGCUAACCAAAACACGAUAUUUCUUUCUCUUAAACGGAUUUACAACCAAAACACGAUAGUUCUUUCUCUUAAACGGAUUGCUAACCAAAACACGAUAGUUCUUUUCUUAAACGGAUUGCUGACCAAAACACGAUAUUUCGAUAUUCUUUCUCUUAAACGGAUUGCUAACCAAAGCACGAUAGUUCUUUCUCUUAAACGGAUUGCUAGCCAAAACACGAUAUCUCUUUCUCUUAAACGUAUUGCGAACCAAAGCACGAUAGUUCUUUCUCUUAAACGGAUUGCUAACCAAAACACCAUAGUUCUUUCUCUUAAACGGAUUGCUAAUCAACACACGAUAUUUCUUUCUUUUAAACGGAUUGCUAACCAAUGUACGAUAGUUCUUUCUCUUAAACGGAUUGCUAACCAAAACACGAUAUUUCUUUCACUUAAACGUAUUGCUAACCAAACGGAUUGGGAUAGUUCUUUUCUCUCAAACGGAUUGCUAACUGAAAACACGAUAUUCUUUCUCUUAAACGGAUUGCUAACCAAAAACACGAUAGUUCUUUCUCUUAAACGGAUUGCUAACCAAAACACGAUAUUUCUUUCUCUUAAACGGAUUGCGAACCAAAGCACGAUAGUUCUUUCUCUUAAACGGAUUGCUAACCAAAACACCAUAGUUCUUUCUCUUAAACGGAUUGCUAACCAACACACGAUAUUUCUUUCUCUUAAACUCAUUGCUAACCAAAAUACGAUAGUUCUUUCUCUUAAACGGAUUGCUAACAAAACACGAUAUUUCUUUCUCUUAAACGGAUUGCUAACCAAAACACGAUACGCGAUAGUUCUUUCUCUUAAACGGAUUGCUAACCAAAACACGAUAUUUCUUUCUCUUAAACGGAUUGCUAACCAAAACACGAUAGUUCUUUCUCUUAAACGGAUUGCUAACCAAAACACGAUAGUUCUUUCUCUUAAACGGAUUGCUAACCAAAACACGAUAUUUCUUUCUCUUAAACGGAUUGCUAACCAAAGCACGAUAGUUCUUUCUCUUAAACGGAUUGCUAACCAAAACACGAUAUUUCUUUCUCUUAAACGGAUUGCUAACCAAAACACGAUAGUUCUUUUCUUAAACAUUCUUUCUCUUAAACGGAUUGCUAACCAAAGAACGAUAUUUCUUUCUCUUAAACGGAUUGCUAACCAAAACACGAUAUUUCUUUCUCUUAAACAUAUUGCUAACCAAAGAACGAUAGUUCUUUCUCUUAAACGGAUUGCUAACCAAAGAACGAUAUUUCUUUCACUUAAACGUAUUGCUAACCAAAACACGAUAUUUCUUUCUCUUAAACGGAUUGCUAACCAAAACACGAUAGUUCUUUCUCUUAAACGGAUUGCUAACCAAAACGAUAGUUCUUUCUCUUCUUAA